UUAGAUGCGAGAGAACGUGAAAUAAUAUUUGAAGCAAGACAUUCAGACGGAUCUGAACCACCUCAAAUUCAAAGCCAAAGCAAAACUACUACACUGUCUUUCUGCUUCUGCUCCUUUUACCGUUAUUGUGUGUGUGUGUGUGAGAGAGAGAGAGAGAGAGAGAGAGAGAGAGAGAGAGAGAGAGAGAAGGGAGAGAGGGAGGGAGAGAGAGAGUUAUUCGGUGGUUUCUAUCAUCUGCAACUGUUGGAGCUCUGCAAUUGGACAUGAAAAAGGCGGUGGUUUGGUUUUUCUUGAAAAAUUUUGAAUGAUUUUGAGAGAUACUCGGUAAAUUUUGUUCCUUUUCGGUGUUUCCUCUUUUCUUUUCUUUUUCUUUCGUUUUCUGCUUCUGGGUUUCAUCUUUUCCGGGAAAAUUUCGGAUGAAAGUGUGUUUGGAGAAGGAGAAUCCAAAACCCAGAUGGAUUAAGGAGCAAAACAUAAGGCGAAGAAGAAGAUAGAUGGGUAGCUGCUCUUCUUCUUCUUCUUCUGUUGCUGGUUUGGUAGGUUAGGGUUUUGUAGUUUAGUAAACAAAUUUACUUGUAAACAGAAAAAAAAAGCUGUUGUACAGAGAGAGAAAGAGAGAGAGAGAGAGAGAGAGAGUUGAAAAUUUGAAAUUUCUUACUCCAACGAACUGCUUCUGCUUAUUCCCAUAAAACAAGCUGCCAUGGAUGAUUAUGAAGCAACAAGGACAGUUUUUUCAAGAAUCCAGAGCUUGGACCCGGAAAACGCCUCAAAAAUCAUGGGUUUUCUUCUUCUCCAAGACCAUGCUGAAAAGGAGAUGAUAAGAUUGGCUUUUGGCCCUGAAGCUCUUGUCCACUCAGUUAUUCUCAAGGCCAAAAAGGAUCUCGCUCUCUCCCUUCCAAAUGUCUCCUCUUCAUCUACAUCUCCUCCUACCCCUUCAACACCUUCUUCUCCAUCUCCUUUCCUCACAAACCCUAGGCAAAGCUCCUUUCCUUCAAGGGUUUUCUCUGCUAACAUCCCUCCUCUCACAAUCCCAAACAACUCUUCCUCUUCUUCUUCCUCUUCUUCCCCUGAUUUGCCAAAUCAAGACAUCUUGAUUAGUCCAAGUAAUGGUGGAGGGUCCUCACUCAACCCAGCUUCCUUACCCUUUUAUGGUAAUGGAGGAGGAGCUUCUUGUGAUGUCAUGGAUGAUUUCACCCUUCAAGACCACCUAUCCUUCUUGAAUGACAACGACAACAGUAACAGUAGCAUGAACUCCUCUGUCAAUCUUGUCAGCCCUAGGAGCUCAUCUGAUCAGCUGUUCUAUUCUAAACAACCUGACUUGUCUUCAAGCCCACCUUCUAAAAAUGGAUACACCAUCACAGAUUCCAUGCUUUCCCCUCAUUUCUGGGCCUCUGAGUCUCUCCACAAAAGAAGCUUCUCAGUGUCAGAUGUCUUGGGGAGUGAAGAUUCUACUUCAGGGCUCGGUGGUGGGUGGAGACCAUGCUUGUAUUAUGCAAGAGGGUACUGUAAAAAUGGAAGUAGUUGCAGAUUCGUCCAUGGUGACCCAGCUGGUGGCUUUGAAAUUGGGUCUCCAAACAAGAUUGAGAAUAUGGAGCAGUCUCAUGAGCUUCUCAGAUCCAAAUCUGCUUCUCACCACCAGAGAUUCCCAUCGGCUUCUCAGCUCAUAGGUGGUUCUUCUUUCCCUUACUCUCCCAAAGGGAUUAACUUUCUUCUUCAGCAGCAACAAAAUGAGACCCAGAGAGCUGCUGUCGCUGCUGCUUUGGCGAUGGAUGAAGAUCUGCACAGGUUUGGAAGGUCAAGGCUUGAGAGGAGCGAUUACAGUGCAGCAGCCAUGGGCAGCCCAGCUUCAAGACAGAUAUAUUUGACUUUCCCAGCUGACAGCACAUUCAAAGAGGAUGACGUCUCCAACUACUUCAGCUUGUACGGACCUGUACAGGAUGUGAGGAUCCCUUACCAGCAGAAGAGAAUGUUCGGGUUUGUGACUUUUAUGUACCCGGAGACCGUGAAGAUCAUCCUCGCGAAAGGAAACCCUCACUUUGUUUGCGAUGCAAGAGUUCUUGUAAAGCCUUACAAGGAGAAAGGCAAAGUUCCAGACAAAUUCAGGAACAAGCAACAUAUGGACCGGCCUGAGUUCGUGUCACCGUGUGGUACUCCAACUGCUCUUGAUUCAAGAGAUCCGUUUGAUCUCCACCUCGGGGCAAGGAUGCUGUACAACAAUAACCAGGACAUUUGGAGAAGAAAGCUUGAGGAGCAGUCUGAUCUGCAACAAGCUCUUGAGCUUCAGAACCGGAGAUUGAUGAAUCUGCAGCUUCUUGAUGUCAAGAAGCUUCAUCAUCAUCGCACUUUAUCCACUGGAAGUCCAAUCCCUUCUCCGACUCAUCUCCAGUCCCCGAACUUCUUCAAUCAGUGCCUCGCCCUUUCACCCUUUAGCCGCUGCCAAGAAUCUUUCCCGUUAGGUUCUAUGAAUUCGUCUUCCGAGAUUAAGCAGACCGAUAAUGGGUUCUCCUCACAAGAUUCUUCUCGCAACAAGGAUCAUAUCGAUGGGAAAGAUAACCCUCCUCUUGAUGCCGAGAUUCCGCGGGAAAGUUUGGAUCACAAUUUACCCGACAGUCCAUUCGCAUCGCCGACAAAAGCCUCCUUCGCCGGAAAAUUCAUCUCGGCCUUUGGUUCCGGCGACCAGAAGGAGUCGGAGAAUAACAACAACAGCACCAAUGCAAUGGACACGGCGUCCUUCAAAUCAUACAACUGCCAAAUGCCAAGGUUCUCAUCUGGGCAUGGAUCAAUCGGAAUGUACACAGGCAACGGAGGUCCGACGUGUCCUGUCGGAAUCCGAUGAUAAAUAGAUUUCCUCCUAUUAUAGGGGAAAAUCAAAGGAAAACAAAAGUAACCUCUGUAGAGACUCCACCACUAUAUCACCACCACCAUAAGACAUGUCACUCCCAUGAUCCAUGAUCCAUGAUCCAUCAUCAUCAUGUGAUACUGCCAUGCAACUACUUACUCCUACUGUCCCCACGAUACCACCAAACCAAUGCAUGCACACCACAACACCACCAGCUGCUGAAGAGGGAAGUCAUGUGCUCUCCUGUUUCUUUUUUCUAUUUUUUUUUGUUUUUAUUUUUCUAUUGAAAGAAAGAAACAAGUGAAAAGAAGCUACAUACUUUUUCACUAAUAUAUAUAGAUAUAUACUUUUUUUUCUCUAAUAUAUAUAUAUAUAUAUAUAUAUAAUAUGUAGUAUUCAGUCAUGUAAAAUGUAACUCCUAUGAAGAGAAAUGAAAUUUAGAGUCA